ACCAACACCAAGCGAGUGCAUCGCCAUGGAGAAAAUGUCCCGAUCGCUCCCCCUGAACCCCACCUUUAUCCCGCCUCCCUACGGCGUGCUCAGGUCUCUGCUGGAGAACCCGCUGAAGCUCCCCCUCCACCACGACGACGCAUUUAGUAAAGACAAAGAUAAGGAAAAGAAGCUGGAUGAUGAGAGCAACAGCCCAACCGUACCCCAGUCGGCAUUCUUGGGGCCCACUUUAUGGGACAAAACUCUUCCUUAUGACGGAGAUACUUUCCAGUUGGAAUACAUGGACCUGGAGGAGUUUUUGUCAGAAAAUGGCAUCCCCCCCAGCCCUUCUCAGCACGACCACAGCCCUCACACUCCAGGGCUGCAGCCAGCUUCUGCAGCUGUGCCCUCCGUCAUGGACCUCAGCAGCCGACCCUCUGCACCCCUUCACCCCGGCAUCCCAUCUCCCAACUGUAUGCAAAGCCCUAUCAGACCAGGCCAGCUGUUGCCAGCAAACCGCAAUACACCAAGUCCCAUUGAUCCUGACACCAUCCAGGUUCCGGUGGGUUAUGAGCCAGACCCAGCAGAUCUUGCCCUCUCCAGCAUCCCUGGGCAGGAAAUGUUUGACCCUCGCAAACGCAAGUUCUCUGAAGAAGAACUGAAGCCACAACCCAUGAUUAAGAAAGCUCGCAAAGUCUUCAUCCCUGAUGAUCUGAAGCAGGAUGACAAGUACUGGGCAAGGCGCAGAAAGAACAACAUGGCGGCCAAGCGCUCCCGUGAUGCCCGGCGGCUGAAGGAGAAUCAGAUAGCCAUCAGGGCCUCGUUCCUGGAGAAGGAGAACUCGGCUCUCCGCCAGGAGGUGGCUGACUUGAGAAAGGAGCUGGGCAAAUGCAAGAACAUACUCGCCAAGUAUGAGGCCAGGCACGGGCCCCUGUAGAGUGGCAUUUGGGUUUUAUUUGCGGGCUGUCUUUUGAAUAGAUGGAAAGCUUUGUUUCCUGUCUGGUAGCACCACACCCAAACCAACCUUUCUGACAUCAGCACUUUACCAGAGGCAUAAACACAACUGACUCACAUUUCAGUGUGCAUCCAUGUGUGUGUAUGUGUAUGUGUGUGUGUGCAUACAUGGCUUGUGCUCCCAUGUGUGGUCAGUGGUGUGCGUGCGUUGUGUGUAUGUGUGUUCCUUUGCACUUGCCAUUUUCUAGAUGGUCCUCUCAUUGUCUUCUAGUUCCAAACAAGAACGGUGCCAUGUUUUUACUAGACUUGGGAGACCUCUGAUGGGGUUCUCCCUCCCCUUCUCCCCUCCUGCCCUUCUUCUGCCUCUCUUCAUGUUCCAGCUAACACACUCUUCCAGGGCUCUGCGUGACUUCACUAAGGAGGGCCCAGGAAAAGCAGUGGAGUUUUUCAAGAGCACAAGCUCUUGUUUCUGUUUAAUCUGUGAGUUACCAGUUCUAGUAAGGUACACAAAAUACCUGAAGCACUACAUUGCAGCUCUAUUCAUUUAUAGGUUGCUUUCCUCAUUUUUCCCCCUCCCUUCCAGUUUUGGUGAUAAUUGUCUUCAAAUUUAAAGUGCUGUUUAGGUUCACUAGAUCUCAUAUUUACUUACUGCUAUCUACUAAGUUUCCUUUUAAUUCUACCAACCCCAGAUAAGUAAGAAUACUACUAUAGAACAGAGUGUGGUUUUGCUGCGUCUGUACCUAAAGCAAUAAUCCUAUUGUACGCUAGAGCAUGCUGCCUGAGUACUACUAGUGGACGUAGGAUAUUUUCCCUACCUAAGAAUUGCUGUCUUUUAAAGAAAAAAAAAACAAAAAAAAUUAAAGUAAUGCAUUCGCGCAUGACCCAAACAUCCUCAGGACAGGGAGACAGAGAGCUCUGGAGGUCUAAGGAUGAGGGGUUAGUUUACUAGUAUGUGAGCCCCCCCUCAGCAAUGCAUCUUGGAAUAGCCUUUGACUUUGAUACGUUUGGUUUUAUUGUCUCCCCAUACCUACACCCAUCCCUUUGCCAUUUUUCUAGUUAACUUUUCCUAUAUCCCUCUAUGAUAUUCAAAACAAUUUGAGUACUCAAGAUUCAUUUAGUUCUCCCAUUUUUUGGUAAUAUAUACAUUUUUUGUGUGAAAUAUACUUUGCUUUUUUAAAAAAAAUCAGUUAAGUUAAAAAAAUGGAUGUUUUGUAAGAGACUUUUUCCUCAUGGUAUCAUUUCUGAAUGCCUCAUAAAUUAACAAUUCUGGAGCUUAUGUUUCUUAUUCUCCAUUUGCUUUUGAACGUGUGUGCUCUUAUGAAGUGGACUUCCGAAAAUGAAUGUCAAGGACACUGGUGUAUCUCAGAAGGGAAUGGUGUUGUCACAAACUGUGGUUUUAUCCAAUCAAUUUUAAUGUUUACUAUAGACCAAAAGGAGAGAUUGUUAAAUUGUUUAAUGUUUAUACAGAGUAAUUAUAGGGGGUUCUUUUUUUGUACAGUAUUUUUCAGAUAUAAAUACUGACAAUGUAUUUUGGAAGACAUAUAUUAUAUAUAGAAAAGAGAAAGGGGAAACUAUUCCAUGUUUUGAAAUUAUAUAGCAAAGAUAUAUAUAUAUAUAUAUAUAUUCACCAAUGUUAUACAGAGAAGAAGCGCUUGGGGGUUUUGAAGUCUUUAAUAUUUUAAGCCUAUUACUGACACAUCAGCAUGUUUUCUGCUUUAAAUUAAAAUUUUAUGACAAUACCGAGGCUUGCUGUGAGGAAUCCUGCUCCGACACUUUCUUGUUUCUUAUUAGGUCUCAGAAAGGAGUCAGUCAACAUCACCCAAAAGCACAAAUGGAUUUUAGUCAAAUAUUUAUUGGAUGAUACAGUGUUUUUUUAGGAAAAGCAUCUGCCACAAAAAUGUUCCCUUCACAAUUCUGAGUUCCUGGAGCUCGGCAUUGUUGCCGGUACCCCCACAGGAUCCUGUUUCCCUCCUCAGGCCCACCAAUCUCAUGCAGAACAAGAUCGACAACGGUGCUGUGUGUGUAUGUAUGGCUUACGGUUUGAUAGCUGUGUUGACUUUAAAGAUGUGUGUUCUUUUGUUUCACUAAAGCUGUACGAUGUCAACAGAUCCUGCUGUGACUACAAAGAAACGCUUUUGUGCUAGAUUAAAGUUCCCUUUCGUCAA